UGAAAUUCCAUUGCACCUAACUGAAUCACUUCAUCUAUAACUCGACUGUAGGAUAAUUAUGCUAAUCAGAACUCUUAAAGUAAAUCGUAAAUUAUCCAAGAAAUUCCAAGAAGAUUUUACUCUCACCAUGAUUAGACACUGUAUGAUAAAUGGAAUUGAAUUUUAAUGCAUUAAGUUUGUAAAAUAGUCUUCGACGCUUAAAAAUUUGCAAUUAUUUGAUGUUAUGAAGUAAGGGUUUGAAAUAAAAACGAAAUUUAAACAAUUAGCUCAAACUGUGAUAGUAAAAAAGAGAAAUACAGCAGCGAUUCUAGUGGGAUUUUGAUUCGAAAGUUUUAAAUGAUAUCUGAAUUUCAAUUGCAUAUUAGAAUAGAAC